AUGCAAUAUUGCACCUUAUUGACAUAUCUGAAUAAUUCUGUAUUUAGACUAUGUCUAAAACUGCAAUCAAUAACUCUUCCCCCGAACCUGAGGGAAAUCGGGAGCGGAUGUUUUGGAUGGUGUGGCUUGAAGUCAAUUUCUUUGCCGAAUUCCGUAGUGAAGAUAUAUGAAUGGUCUUCUCAAGAUGGAGGGGCAUUCUCUGGAUCUCUUUCCUCCAUUACAAUUAAUCCUGAAUCUCAAUUAGAAAUAAUUGGAUCGGAAGCAUUUGCUGGUUCUAAAAUAACAUCUAUUUUCAUUCCAAAAAAGGUAACUGAAUUAUCAGGCACAUGUUUGCACAAAGUUUUCCUAGAUGAAAUAAUAAUUGAUUCUGAGAAUCCCAACUUUAAAUCAGAUGGAUUAUCAAUUUUUAGUGGAACAAAUAAUGAUACUUUAAUUUACGUUACUUCUAAGUAUACAGGCAAUUAUUUAGUUCCAAGUUUUGUUAAUAAAAUUGGUGUUGCUUGCUUUAGUAAUUGUAGAUUAUCCGGUAUUACUUUUCACGAAAGUGUUUCCUCAAUUGGACCAUAUUGUUUCUCAGAAUCAAAUCUUGUUAAUGUUGUUCUUCCAGAAAAAGUAGUGAUUGUCGAAGAUAGUAUAUUUAAAGAAUGCCAACAGUUGCAAAGUAUUACUUUAUCUAAUUCAACAACAACAAUUUACAAUAAUGCCUUUUAUAAUUGCAUUUCUCUUACUAAAAUUGUAUUUCCUUCAACUCUUACCAAUAUUGGAGAAUCUGUUUUCUAUGGGUGUAAAAAGCUUGAUAUUGAUUCUAAUCAGAAUACAAACUUUAAUUACUAUAGUCAAAUGCUACUAUCAAAUAGAAAAACAAGCAUUAUUGAAUUCUUCGGAAAUGAUAUUAAUCUGGAAAUAACGGCGCCUCCAGAAGCAACAACAAUUGGAGCUAGAACAUUCAUGAAUAAAAAUCUUAAAACAAUUAAAUUCCAAGGAAACUUGUUAAGCCGGAUUGGUGAGGAAUGUUUUUCUCAAUCAACCAUUCAAACUAUUUCCCUUCCUGACAGUUUGAAUAAUUUAGGUGCAUCUUGCUUUGAAAAUUGCCAAUCCCUGACUUCAAUAUCAUUUUCGAACUCAUGUCCAUUAACAGUAAUCCCUGAAAAUUGUUUUAAGGAUUGCAAAAACUUACAAAUUUUGACAUUGCCAAGUUCGAUAACAACAAUAAAAGCAAAUGCAUUCCUCAACUGCUAUAGCAUAAGCGAUAUUGGAUUAAGUGGAACACAAGUGUCAAAUAUUGAAAAUUAUUGCUUUAUGAAUUCAGGAGUUACAACUUUCAUUUCAUCAAACAAAAUUACUUUGGGUUAUGGUGCAUUUACAAAUAGUAAUAUUGCAGAAGUGAAUAUCUUUGCAGAAUCAAUUUCGGAAGAAUGCUUUAAGAACUGCACUAUGUUGACUUCCUUAACGUUAAAUGAAGGAACAACUACUAUUUUUGAAUCUGCUUUCAGAGAUUGUGUUUCGUUAGCGUUAUUUACGAUUCCUGCAAGCAUUAAGUUGAUUAGAUUCUAUGCAUUCAUGGGCUGCACAUCAUUAAAAAUAGUUACAUUAUCGCUGAAUAGCAAGAUAAGUGAAAUAAAUGGAGGUACUUUUGCUGACUGUCCAUUAUUGCAGUCUAUCAAGUUGGAUCCUAAUGAUAAGCAAUAUAAGUUCAGCAAUGGAGCUUUAACUUACUACAAUGAAACCAAAGUAAUUACAUUUAUUCCUAGUAGUAAUAUUCAAACAUUUGUUGUUCAAGCAGCUAUGGAAAAAAUAGGUUCUUAUUCUUUCUAUGCGUGUACUAAUUUAGUAAAAGUUAUAUUUAGCGGAAGAAAUAUUGAUAUAAUUGAUUACAUGGCCUUUUAUGGAUGUUCGAAGCUUUCAUAUAUCUUUCUUGGCACAAAUACACAUGUUUCUUCUAUUGGAAGCAAAGCUUUUGAAGGUUGUCCGUUGCUUAAUAAUUGUGGUGCAAUUACCUGUCCAACUGCUACUAUUCUUUUAUUUAAAGCACAUAAAAUAUCAAGAUCAUCAUUUAGAACAGAUUGUAAUUAUAUUUGUCAAUCUAUUGCUCAUUCAAGAUCAGGUUUUACCACUACAAUUACGCUAAUAACUCCAUUUAUCUUGAUGUGA